CAGGAACAAAGGCCUCCGGGCCUCCACCAGGGCCCCGUCACGCGGCUCCGUCUAUCGAGCCGACGCCGGGGUGCAGACAAAGCAGAGGGAGGCCAAAAGGGCACCUCUGGCUCCGAGCCUUCGGGACCAACUCAGGACAUCACAAGCUCCCUGACGGCUGCUCCGAUGGCUGUGGAUCUUUACCAGACCCCAGCUCGGAAGCUGGAUAAGUUUAUUUUCGACAACCUGCAGCCCGACUGCACCUUCCUGCGCCAGGCUGGCCAAGCCAUCGACACCAUCUGCGAGUUCCUGAAGACAAACUGCUUCGUUGACCAACCCGCGCCCCGCACUAAGGUGCUGAAGAUUAUUAAGGGCGGCUCCUUGGGCAAAGGCACCUCCCUGAAAGGCAUCUCCGAUGCUGACCUGGUGGUGUUCCUCAGCUGCUUCAAGGGGUACGAUGAUCAGGAAAGGAACCGGGCUGAGAUCAUCAGAGAGAUCCGGAGGAUGCUGGAGAAGUGCCAGCAACAGAAGCAAUUUGACGUGAUCUUUGAGACGUCCCAGUGGUCGAACCCCCGUGUAUUGAGCUUCCAGCUGCAUUCCAAGAUGCUCAACGAAUCCAUAGAUUUUGACGUGCUGCCAGCCUACAAUGCCCUGUCCUCGAGUGCCAAGCCUGACCCCCAGGUGUACGAGGAUCUGAUUGUCAGCUACUCCCGGGGGGGCGAGUUCUCCACCUGCUUCACGGAGCUGCAGCGGGAUUUUGUGGUGGAUCGCUACACUAAAGUGAAGAGCCUGAUCCGCCUGGUGAAACACUGGUACAAGCAGUACGUGUGUCCGCACAAAAAGUACCUGAGCAAGGGGAAGGAGUUCCUGCCCCCCCAGUACGCGCUGGAGCUCCUGUCCAUCUAUGCCUGGGAGCGCGGAAGCAAGAAUCGAGGCUUUGACAUGGCCAAAGGCUUCCGGACGGUGCUGGAGCUGAUCCAGCAAUAUAAGCAGCUCUGUGUCUAUUGGACCGUCAACUACAACUUUGCAGACGAGGAGCUGGCACAGUUCCUGCACCGUCAGCUCCAGAAAACCAGGCCCGUCAUCCUGGACCCAGCAGAUCCGACGGGGAUCGUGGGGGAGGGGUGCCGCUGGGACCUGAUGGCAAUGGAGGCUGAGAAGUGCUGUGCCCAGCAAUGCUGCGUGGACUUUUACGGCGUUCCCGUGGAGCCAUGGGAUGUGCCGCCGGUGCAAACCCACGAAGGGAGCAGGGGCUUUGAGAUCCACACCGGAGCACAAGAACCUCAGGUCUCAGUACCUCAGCUUGAGCCGGCCUACAUUAGCUACCAAGCUAGAGCCUUCCAGCAGCCCAGAGAGCCGGCCUACACCAGCAGCUACACGGGUUACCAAGACAGAGCCUUCCAGCAGCCCGAAGAGCAGCCAUCCUUCUGCACUGUCCUCUGAGCCCUCCCCAUGGGGACAACUCUGGCUGGGGGGACAGAAGGAAUGUGGUACCCACUGGGAUGUGUGUGUGUGGGGGGGAAAGG